AUGGACCGCAGCCUGCGACCCGUCUGUCCCUGCUGGAUCGUUCUCCUCUGCUCGGUCUCCACUCUCGCACAGAGCCGCUGGGGCAUCCGGGAGCCCGCGGGCCCUCAGCGGGUCGACCCCCCGCUCGGCCCGCUCCCUCCCCGGCUCGUGUCGGUGCGGUGCCUCCCGGACUCCCUGGAGGUGGUGGUGCAGGCGGACCUGUUCGACACCGGGCUCCGGGUGGACGGCGGGGACCUGCGGCUGGGCUCCAGCCCGGCGGAGGCGGCUGGAUGUGGGGCAGCGCCGUCAGGAGAGGCCGAGUUCACCCUCCGGGCCAGUUUAAUGGACUGUGGCAUUAAACUCUCAUCGACGGAGGAGAAAAUCAUCUAUUCCACAGUUUUGGUGUAUUCUCCGGAACCGGAUGCCGAUGGCUUGAUUAAACUGGAAGGAGCCACUAUUCCCGUGGAGUGUCACUAUGAGAAGAUCUAUUCGGUGGACUCGUCUCCCCUGCAGCCUGCCUGGAUUCCUUCUGUCUCCACCAUUUCAGCAGACAAUCAGAUCAACUUUAAUCUGCUUCUCAUGUCUGAUGAUUGGCAGUAUGAGAGAGGAUCUUCUGUCUAUUUCCUGGGUGACCCCAUGAACUUUGAGGUUUCGGCGGUCGUCGCUCACCACAGGCCCGUGCGGGUGUACGUUGACCACUGCGUCGCUACGGCAACGCCCGACGCCGAGUCCACGAAGAGAUACAACUUUAUUGAGAAUAACGGGUGUCUCACAGAUGCUUCCGUCACAAACUCCAACUCCCGUUUCCUGCCGAGAGUCGACGACUCCAAGCUGCGAUUCACGCUGGAAGCUUUCAGGUUCUACGGCGAGUCCAGCCAUCAGGUCUUUAUUAGCUGCCAGGUGAAGGCCGUUAUAGCAACAACAGCUGUUACGUCUGAAAGCAGAGCAUGCUCCUUCAUUGACAACAGCUGGCAGUCGGUUGACGGAGGCGACCAUGUCUGCAGCAGCUGCGAUCUUUCCCGGCCGUUUGAGAACCGUCCGACCACAGAAGCUUCCGGAGCUUCCACGACCGCCGUGACGAGACCCGCCGAAACCUCGGCGGGUUCGGUCCGGUACAAACCCAGAAGCCUUCCGGCCAUGUACGUCCGAUUCCGUCCAGGACUUCCUGUGAGCAACGAGCGGGAUGAGCGACUGUCUCCGAAACUCGCAAAAAGGGGAACAAAUGACAGGGCAGGAGUUUCAGUUUUAUCACCAGCCAUGAUUCCCUGCAGCGGUCACGCGCUGACCGCCUUCGCCCUCUGCCUCCUCUCGCGCACGGUCGUUUGUUACAUCUGCGUCCAGGAGUCUUGUCGGGGCGGCCAGGCGCGUGCUGCCAACAACACCACGACUUAUUACAACAUCGCCAUGGUCACGCGGAAGCUCUCCGGGAUCCUUAUCAUGCUGCUUCUCUUCGCGGUGGGAUACUUCGUCCAGAGACUGCUGUGCACCAGAUCCAGGGCGCGCGCCGCGCCGCUGAACGGACAGCCGGAUGUCACCGCGUCCCAGGAGAUGCUCAUGGACAGAUGCACCCCGGAGGGCCUGGUGGAGCCGCUUCAUGUUGCCCACUUACCCCCGUACGAUGCCUGUAAACGUCUGCCGACAUACGAGGAGACGAUGCGGGAAGGCACCGGGGGACGGCUGGAGUUCACCGCAGGGCGAGCUUCGUGA